AGGGCCGCAGCCGGAGACGGCACCACGAGGGGGCCGAGCAGGGCGCGGCGGCUGGGCGCUACGGGGAGGCCAGGGCAGCUGAUGGUUGUGGCCCGCCCCCUCCUCCCCGCCUACCUCUUGUCCUCCCCCCCACACCACCACCACCCUGGCUCCCCUCCCUCAUGACCGCCUGGAUCCUCCUUCCUGUCAGCCUGUCAGCCUUCUCCAUCACCGGCAUAUGGACUGUGUACGCCAUGGCCGUGAUGAACCGCCACGUGUGCCCUGUGGAGAACUGGUCCUACAACGAGUCCUGCUCUCCUGACCCAGCUGAGCAAGGGGGCCCCAAGACCUGCUGCACCCUGGACGAUGUCCCCCUCAUCAGCAAGUGCGGCACAUACCCCCCAGAGAGCUGCCUCUUCAGCCUCAUUGGCAACAUGGGUGCUUUCAUGGUGGCCCUGAUCUGCCUCUUGCGCUACGGGCAGCUCCUGGAGCAGAGCCGGCACUCCUGGGUUAACACCACGGCACUCAUCACGGGCUGCACCAACGCCGCGGGCCUCGUGGUGGUCGGCAACUUUCAGGUGGAUCACGCCAAGUCCCUGCACUACGUGGGAGCUGGCGUGGCCUUCCCUGCGGGGCUGCUCUUUGUGUGCCUGCACUGCGCCCUCUCCUACCACGGGGCUGCCACGCCCCUGGAUCUGGCUGUGGCCUACCUGCGAAGUGUGCUGGCUGUCAUCGCCUUCGUCACCCUGGUCCUCAGUGGUGUCUUCUUUGUCCACGAAAGUUCUCAGCUGCAGCACGGGGCGGCGCUGUGCGAGUGGGUGUUUGUCAUCGAUAUCCUUAUUUUCUAUGGCACCUUCAGCUAUGAGUUUGGGGCAAUCUCCUCAGACACACUGGUGGCUGCACUGCAGCCUGCCCCUGGCCGGGCCUGCAAAUCCUCCGGGAGCAGCAGCACCUCCACCCACCUCAACUGCACCCCCGAGAGCAUUGCCAUGAUCUGAAGUCUGGGGAGGGUGGCUGGCCUGGCCUCCGCAGCACCCCACCCCAUAUCUGCGUUUAUUUUGUACCAAAAACAGUGCUGAGAAAAGUAUUCUGUUGGGAUCUGGGCUUCCCCACUUGCAGAGAAGUGGCCAGCCCACGUCCACCCGUGCCAUACAGGAGCAGGCCCUGCCGGCUGCCUCAGCGGCAUGACCUGCUCCCCCACGCUGAGGUGGUGUUUUGUGUUUAAAGGUCACCUGUCCUCACUCGCCCAGCCAGCCCUUCAGGUGCCUUCUUAUCCCAGUGCCAGAGCCAGACCACUGGGGUUCCUGCUGCAGGAAUUGGGGGGCUGGGGACAGCAGAGGGGAUAGGAGUCGGGGGGGGGCACGCCUUAGUUUAUGGGAAAGCCCACAUCUGGGCCCACUGAGCUGCACUGGGAUUCUUCACUCUGCCUCUCACUUCUUUUAGGGCAAAUAACACAGCAGAACCACGGGGGUAUUUUAGUACUUUUUUUUUAUAUAUACCUAUUAAAAGAAUUCUAAUUUGCA